AUGGUGCGUGAGGAGGAUGGGCCUCAGCCUCUGGGGGAGCCUCGGUGUGCCCCAAACAUCCCUGACGUGUUGCAGGACUCCCCAGAGCCCACGGCCGCCCAUCCCCGCGACGGAAGGCCGGUACUUGUGGAGCCCACCAAGAACUGCAGCCUGCCCGUCCCUUCACCAGGGUCGCCGAGCUUAGCCUCACAGAACCGAUGCGUGGAUGCGGCCGAGGCAUGCACGGCGGACACGCGGUGCCAGCGGCUGCGCACAGAGUACGUGGCGCAGUGCCUGGGUCCCGCCCCGCCUGGGGGUUGCCACCGCGCCCGCUGCCGCCGCGCCCUGCGCCGCUUCUUUGCCCGCGGGCCUCCCGCAAUCACCCACGCGCUGCUAUUCUGCCCGUGCGGCAGCCCCGAGUGCGCCGAGCGCCGGCGCCAGACCUUCGUGCCCGCCUGUGCCUUCUCGGCGCCCGGCCAGGCGCCGCCCUCCUGCCUCGCGCCCUUAGACGCCUGCGAGCACAGCCGGGUCUGCAGGCCCCGCCUCCUGGCCUUCCAGGCCUUCUGCUCGCCUGCCCCCAGCGCCCCCGACGGCUGCCCGCCAGACCAGGCUCCUAACUGCCUGCGCGCCUACGCGGGCCUCGUGGGCACCGCGGUCACCCCCAACUACCUGAACAACGCGAGCGCGCGUGUGGCGCCCUGGUGCGACUGCGGCGUCAGCGGAAACCGGCAGGAGGAGUGCGAAGCUUUCCGGGGGCUCUUUACAAGGAACCGCUGUUUGGAUGGUGCCAUACAGGCCUUCGGCAGUGGCUGGCCCCCAGUCCUGCAGGACCAGCUGGAGUCCCACCAGGACCUUGAGCACAGACUCCUGCAGGUGUCCUCUGCAGACCGGCCCCUGGAGGGCUGCUCCACACCCUCCAUGCUCCUCGCCCUGGCUCUUCAGCCCCUGCUCUGACUAGAACAGCAAACCUUGGACAACACAGCCGACUGUCCCACCCUGCUCGGGGUACACGGCCACUUCUGUGGCCUGCUACCCCACUGAAAGAUUGGCUUCCC